AUGCAAGUCCUCCUCCUCGGCGGCCACGGCAAAGUUGCCCUCCACCUAACCCCCCUCCUACUAAAUCGCGCCUGGAACGUCACCAGCGUGGUCCGGAACCCCGACCACGAGAAAGACAUUCUAGCCCUCGGCAACGGCCGCAAGGGUAAUCUCAAUGUGUUGAUCUCGAGUUUGGCUGAGAUUAAGAGUGCGGCCGAUGCUCAGAAGAUUCUUAACAAGGUGAUGCCUGAUUAUGUGGUUUGGUCUGCUGGCGCCGGCGGCAAAGGCGGCCCCAGCAACACAAUCGCCAUCGACCAAGAAGCCGCCAAACACUUCAUGACCGCCUCCUUCGCCUCAACCAGCGUCAGCAAAUUCCUAAUGAUCUCCUACCUAGGCAGCCGCAAGAACCAACCCCACUGGAUGCCCGACGACCAAUGGGCCGGGGUCGUCCGCACAAACACCGAAAUCCUGCCCACAUACGCCAAAGCCAAGCAAGAAGCCGACGAAUACAUGACGGCGCUGGCAUUCAUGCGCAAGCGUGAACCUGCCGCGACGCGUCCUUUCCAGGCUAUUAAUUUGCGGCCGGGCACUUUGACGGAUGAACCUGCUACGAGGAAGGUGGAGUUGGGUGUUACGGCUAAGGGACGCGGGAGCGUGACGAGGGAGGAUGUUGCGAUCGUGGCGGAUUUGGUGUUGGCGAGGGAUGAUGUUGAGGGGUGGAUUGAUCUUGUUAAUGGGGAGGAGGGGGUUGAGGAGGCUGUUGAGAGGGUUGCGAGGGAGAAGGUUGAUGCGGUUGAGGGGGAGGAUGUUGAGGGUAUGGUUAAGCGGUUUUUUUCUUGA